AUGGAUAAACAACAGAAAUUAUCGGCCCGACCGAGUGGAAUUCCUCGAUUAGCCUCCAGACUACCGCUCCCGACAUCUACCGCUUCAAAGUCGAUCAAGCCCUCCCCAUCUCGCGAAAAGCUACGGACAGAUACUGGCGUCGAUACAGCUAGACUUCGAAGACCUUCAGAGGAACCAUUAUUCAAAAAGCCGCUCCCUAAAUACUCGGUGCCAAAAAAGACUCAGAAUGGCCUGCCACAAAGGAGGGAUGUCUCUCAGACUAGAAUGAGCGAUGGCGGAAAGUCGGAAACAGAUAGUGUAUUGUUUAGGCAUGGGACUGAUGUAUCAGUUGAUGAUGCAGACACUCGAGGUCGUGCGCGGCCUUCACUGUCAGAACGAACAAUUGAGACAUUGUCCCAAAUCCCUCCUUCGCCGAGUUCUUCGAGGCAUUCUAGUUUCUUUAAUGGGACUAGCCCCAUGCGCUCUCCAUCCCGUCCACCUUCAGCGCUGUCAAGUUGCUCGAGGUCACCUUCCAGGUCAUCGUCGUCGCGUCAACAAAUCGGCGGUGACUUCUUUCGCCCAUCGUCUGCAAUGCGGCUCCCUUCAAGGUCACGCCAGUCACUGUAUGUGGGCGGCACAUCGGCCGAGCUAAACAGCGUGACGAGUUCGGAUAGUGCUUCAAAAUUGAAGCUGCCUACUUCAAGGACAAGUACUUUUAGAGAUACGAAGCAUACCCUGUCAACUCUCCGUGGAAGCUCAGGUACAGCCGUUAUACAGAUUCCUGAUACGAAUAUUACGCAGGAAGGACUUCACGUGAAGAAAACGAGAAAGACACCGACAAAAACACACCAGAAUUCAAGGGCGCCUACAAAAAUGCCAAAAUCACCUUCCACUAAGGCCACGACCCUUGACUUGACGCUUGAGCAGCAAUCUGAGAUGGAAACCAGAAGAACUUCAAGGUCAUCGAGCGCACUAAGGGAAAGCAUCGCAAAAGCAAAAGCUGCACGGAAAGCAGCGAUGCAAAGCGUCGAUAAUUCCCAGUCCUCAUCCUUGGAUGAACUAAGUGUUGAAGACCCAUUCAACCAGCGACCAAAGGAUUCGAACAAAGGGCUCCUUCGAAAACGUCUCGAAGCAGGUCGCACCUCAGGUCAUUUAAAUAUUGCGGCCAUGUCCUUGACAGCAUUACCAGAGGAAGUCAUGACUAUGUAUGAUUUCGACCCUGACUCGGUCACAGAGUGGUAUGAGAGUGUAGACAUUGUCAAGUUCAUUGCUGCAGAUAACGAGUUCGUCGAACUUCCAGAUUCCGCUUUCCCAGACACCGACCCAGAGGAUCAAGAUGCUGAUGAGAGGGGAAACCAGUUUGGUGGGCUGGAAGUUCUCGACUUACACGGAAACCUAUUGCGCUCACUGCCAAUUGGUUUCAGGCGAUUACAGCGUCUUCAUACACUCAAUCUUUCAAAUAAUAAGCUAAACUUGGAAGACAUACAAAUCAUCAUGGAGAUGGAGUCUGUAAAGGACCUCAAGCUAGCGAAGAAUCACCUGCAGGGAUCAUUCCCUGCCGAUAUAAAGAAUCUGAGCAACCUGGAAGUUCUUGACCUCCAUAGCAACUCUCUCACAGAGCUACCGAAUGAAGUUGCGUACCUGACUUCCCUACGAGUUCUGAACGUGGGUGAUAAUCAUCUGUCCACUUUGCCUUUCGAGGGCCUAAGCAAGCUUUCACUGAAAGAGCUCAGCGCUCCCAACAAUCGUUUAAAGGAUACUUUGUUACCCGCUUCUGUACAGGCGCUUAUGACCUUACAAUAUCUGAAUGUAACUGGCAAUUCCCUAACAAAGCUUUCUAACCACGACACAUUGGAACUCCCCAAUCUACACACUCUAGCAAUCAGCAUGAACCGCAUCCAGUGUUUGCCAGAUGUUUCUUCUUGGCAGGCACUCCUGAGUUUGUCAGCGGAGAAUAAUAGCAUAGCAGACCUACCACGAGGAUUCACUGACUUGAAGGCCGUUCGAAACGUUGACUUGACGGGGAACAAUAUCUCAAAACUGGACGAAAGAAUUGGGUUGAUGGAAAGCCUUGUUAUAUUUCGAAUCGCGAACAACCCUCUUAGGGAGCGAAAAUAUCUGAAUAUGUCUCCUGAGGACUUAAAGCGCGAGCUCCGAAACCGGUGCGAGCCAGAGCCACAAGAUACCGAUGACGAAGAGGGCUCGGUCGCAACCCAAUUUACGCUCGCACCUGAGGCCCCAGCUCAAUCAGGCGUUUGGCAAGUCAAACCUGGGGGAGUCCUCGACAGAUCGUACGCUGAUCUUCAAGACCUGGAUAUGGAUCAUCUGGAACGUAUAAACCCGCAUGAGGUCAGAUGUCUUUACCUGCAACAUAAUGAAUUACGCUGUAUCCCGGCACCGACUCUCAGUAUGCUCGCGCUUAAUUUGACUGAUCUUGAUCUUUCACACAAUCCACUGGAUAGCACUUCGCUUUCUCCCACAUCUCUUGAUUUACCCAGUCUCCAAAUCCUCAACUUGAGUGCCACCGGCUUAACCAGUCUUGAGCCACUAUUAGCCAGUCUUCAAGCCCCCUCGCUCACAUUUCUAGAUGUAUCGAAUAACCGCAUUUGUGGGUCUCUACCACCGGUCCGUCAAACUUAUCCAAGCCUGAUGACAUUCCUCGCUGCCGAUAACCAAUUUGAUAGCCUGGAAUUUGACGCCAUCCAAGGCCUUCAGGUUCUGGAUAUAGGCAAUAACAAUAUCAGUUUUCUACCUCCAAAGCUGGGCCUUCUAAGAGCCGAGGGUUGCAGUAAGAACUGGGGCAAUGGAUCGGCGCUGAAGAGAUUCGAGGUUGCGGGUAAUAGCUUCCGCGUCCCUCGCUGGCAAAUUGUUGCCAAAGGAACAGAUGCUAUCCUCGAAUGGUUGAAGGAUCGGAUACCUGCUGAAGAUCUUUGUCAAUGGGAGCCGGAUGAUGAAUCGAGCAUAUAA